GCUGCUGCGCUUCUCCAGCCCACGACGAAUUAAGACGUCACACGCCUUAUCUCGCGCUCGUCGCUUUUUCUCGCCCAGUCGAAGGAGCGAAGGAGUGUCGCGUCGCCCGCAAGCUCUCCCAUGCUGGGCCAAGAGCUCCGGCACGCAUCAGCAGCAGCAGAACGGAGCAGAGUAGGCCUACGCGACGAUGUAGGUCAACGCGAGCGCAAGAGGAGCUAGGAUAGCUGCAGUGGCAUCGUCAGUGGCCCACCCCCUCUCGCUCUCCCAAGCAUCGCCCUCUCGACCGUUGCCAGUUGCUCAGCUGUUGAUCCUCGACUCGGCUCCCGAGCAGCCGCCACGGAACUCGUCAUGCGGAGCCGCGAGUGCGCCGCGCGGACCCGAGCUCGGCACCCCUACCACCCCCAGCGAGACUCAACGAGCCAAGCGUUCAACUAGUCGUCGUCGUCGUCGCACCUCCUUUUCGCCCCGUCAGGAUGGCUCGGGCUCCGAGUCAGCAGCUGCGCUUCAGCUGGUUCGGAAUCAUCGCCUUGGGGACUCUACUGGUCAUCGCCACCCCCAAUCCUGCUGCCGUGAGGAAAGCCGAACGAGAGCGAUGCAACAAGACGGUGGAGAUCUACGAGGACGUCUCGAGCCCGGCCCUGACGGCCGAGACCCUGGGCAAGCCGCUCACCUGCUGGUACCGCUUCCGGGCGUUCCGAGGCGCACCUAGAGACUGGAUUCUUCGCGUGAGAUUCAAGAGAUUCAAAGUCGGCACUCUGCUGAACGCGACCACCUGCCUCGGUGGUUAUCUGCAGAUAACCGACGGCAACACCAAGACCGAGGUGAACAAUCGCAAGGAGCUCGGCGUGUUCUGCGGCGAGAGCGAGCAGCCGCAGACCUUCAUCUCGGAGACGAGCUUCGUGCGGGUGCUCUUCCACACGGACAACUUCACCGACCAGACGUACUUCAGCUUCGACUCGAGGGCCGAGCAGCAGUUCGAGGUGUACCUGCGCUACGGCCAGCACCCGGAGCUCUACCCGAACCGGCGGGGCGAGGUCGUGGCCGGGACCUACUGCGAGCGCAGCUUCCGCGACUGCCGCCUGCAGACGUGCUACGUGCAGAGCCCGGCCUACCCGGGCGUCUAUCCGCGGGCGCUGCACUGCAAGUACCGACUGAACACGCGGCUGCCCUUCAUCAAGCUCUACAUCGAGAACGAGGAGUUCAACAUAGACGGGCAGCGCUGCGAGAACAUCAUGACCUGCCCGAUGCGGCCCAUCAGCUCCGGGGCCGAGCACUGCCCCUACGACUACCUGCGCAUCUACGACGGCCUCGACGAGACGGCCCCGGUCAUCGGGACGUUCUGCGGCAUGGGCAAGUUCCCCUACAGCAUCAUCGGCACGGGCCGCGACCUCUUCGUCGAGUUCGUCUCGUCGGCGGCGGGGCCGCUGCUCAACACGGGUUUCCACUUCAACGUGGGCAACUGGCCGGGCCACGUGGACACGGCCUCGGCCAAGAACGGCAGCUGCGACUGGGUGCUGUCGAGCGAGUCGCUGGCCGCCCGCGAGGAGGGCAUCUUCCUCUCGGUGGCGCACUGGUACCCGCCCGGGACGAGCUGCAGCUACCUGCUCAAGGCCCGGCCCGGCGAGGUGGCGCGCCUCUACUUCCCGAGCUUCCGGGUGAACCGGGUCGAGUCGCCGAUACAGCCCUACACGGGUGACUGCGCCGAGAGCCUGACCCUCUACGACGCCGCCUGGGCCGACGACGCGCGCAUCAUCAAGACCUUCUGCGACACGUUCUCAAGGCCCAUGGAGAAGCACGACUUUGUCAGCACGGGGCCGGCGCUCUUCGUGCGCUUCGAGAGCCGCACGGGCAGCUACAGCGGCAGCUCGCUCUACUACUGGGCGCACUACGACUUCUUCAACGCGACGCGCUUCGGCGAGCCGGUCCCUUCCAGCGAGUGCGACGAGAUCUUCGCCGCGGGCAGGGCCCAGCGGACGGGCCGCUUCCGCUCGCCGCCCAACACGCUGCUCUACAAGCGACCGGGCGAACCGCCGCGCGACCUCGACUGCGCCUACACGUUCCUGGCCGAGCGCCGGCUCUACGCCCGGGUCGAGCUCACCCUCCACGCUCUGGCUCUUCGAGACCAGCCUCACUGGUGUCCGAGCUUCUCCGGCAACUGCGCCUUCGUCCAGCAGCAGCAUCAGCAGCAGCAGCAUCAGACGGGAGCAGCCUCCUCCUCGUCGGCCAGUCCAGCCACGAGCAGCAGCAGCAGCAGCAGCGGAGGAGGGGACCGGCUGACGCUGCGCGAGCUCGGCAACAACAACAACGUCGGCAUUUGCCGCUGCGGCCGACUCGAGGCCCCCAUCAAGCUGCUGGGCGAGCGACUCGAGCUGCGCCUCCACCUGGACGGGGCUCACGCGGCCGCGGCCUACUUCAAGCAGCCCGCGGCCCUGUUCGAGGCCAGCUGGGAGUUCGUGCACGGGCCUCUGUGCGGCCCGGCCAGCCUGGGGCCCCGGGCCGACGGCGAGCUCGAGUUCCCGCACUACGAGGCGCUGCUGGGCCGCCUGGGCGCCGCCACCGCCAACGAGCCGCUGCGCUGCGUCUGGGAGCUAAGGCUCUCCCCGGAGCGCGACCUCUGGCUCCAGCUCGUGCACAGCAAGUUCGCCUCGCGCUCCUGCGAGGACGGCCGCCUCGAGCUCUACCUGCCCGCGGCCGGCGGCGGCGGCUUCCAGGCCAAGCCCCACCUCGUCGUCUGCGGCGAGAACGUGAGCUACGUGCGCGACCUGCCGGUGCUCUCGGCGGCCCAGCUGAUGCCGCCCGAGCCGGGCCGGCCCCCCGCGCUCCGCCUCCAGUUCGUCGGCUCGAUGGCCCUGGCCCGGGCCGAGUUCAAGCUCGCCUGGACGGAGCUCUACCACCUGCCGCGCGACGCCCAGGGCAACCUGGCCCAUCAGCGCCUCGAGGACUGCGCCUUCCAGUGUCCCGGCGGGGCCGGCUGCAUUCCCCGCCGGCUGCUCUGCAACGGGGUGGUCAACUGUCCGGGCCCGACGGGCGGCGCCAACCGCAGCGAGCCCGACGACGAGGCGCCCGAGACCUGCGGCGGCUCGGCCACGCCACAGGCGCCCGACUCCGGCCACGCGGCCGACCGGCCCUCCGCCGCUCGUGGCUUCUUCAAGGAGCUCAUGCUGCUGCCUUUCGGACAACCGGGCUGGACCGGUGCCGCCCUGGCUGCUGCCCUCGCUGCGCUGCUCUGUCUUUGCUGCACCUGUCGUAUGUGCCGCAAACGCGCGGCCUCUGCCCGCGACAUCCACGUCUCCUAUUAAGGACGCCUCUUACCUUUUUCUUUCUCCAACGUCUCUGACUACUUUAUGCUCCUCGUUACAAAGUCUCUUGUUAAAAUCGAGCAAAACGAAAGGCAAUCAUUGGGAAAACAAUAUCGUCGCUCGCACAAAAUUUUCUCCAUGACGGAUCGACAAAAAGGCAUAGCUUAUUUUAAAUCUGUGCAGCUGCGAGAGCAGAUUUCUUACGUACGAUAACGAUUGCGGUAAUUAUUUAUCGCUCACACCUCUACCAAGUGGCUGCUCGCAUAAACUAGGUAUGAGUUGUGUGACUCGUGGUGAAUGUUUAGCGCAUCUACGCUACGCACAUCGAUCAAUUAUAUACAUAAUUAAUAAACUUGUCGCACUAAAAAAUAACAGCCAUUUGAGCAAUCAUUACGAGUCUAGUUAUCAAAUUAGCCUUAAAUCAUUAUCUAGAUUUAGAUACGUUUUAAACGUGUAUAGGAUUAAUUGUAAUAAAUAAAUAAGCAAUGAUGACAUGUGAUUAUACAUAUUUAAAACUUGAUCAUAAGGGGUUUGAGGUGAGAUUUGAUGCGUAAGUGUACAUUAUGUUUAUUUAAAGUUAUAUCAUAUAUUAUACUAAUGCCGAAAACUGUGAUUCGGGGACAUGUGUUCGAGUUCGGAAGACGAAAGCUCAAAUGCAGCUAAUCUCAGCUGACCACGGUACGAUAAAUGAGCCAAGAGAAUUUUGAAAAAGCAUGUGUGAAUUGUUGAAGCAGACUAUUUACAAUUAUAAGAUGUAAAUGUGCAUAAGAUAUAAGAUAGAAAGCGAUUGUGUCGCACUGCAUCGAAUUGAUUAAUCUUGACGAAUCACUUGUAUCGUAAUUACGAGUAUCGGUAUAAAUCGGCAUGGAAAAUCAAACAUCAUUUUUUGCCAUUUGUAAACCAUUAAUAAUUGCACGAUAUUUAGAUCAAUGAUUCCUCAAAAACUACAAUUCUUUUGUGUACGGCUGUUGCUAUUUAAAUGAACACCACAAAUCUUUUAGUUUUUUUUCUCUGCUUGCAAUUAUUGUCAAAAUCGUUCCACUUAUAUCAGUAGAAAUUAUUCUUAAAAUAAUGCCAGCCAAGACUAUUAUUUCUAUUAUGCUGUUCACGAAUUGAUUAAAAUACGCUUAACUUCACAACGCUAGGAAUUUAAUUGAAAAAAAUAAAUAAAUAAAUGAAUGAAUAGUACACUUUGUUAUUUAUAUUCGAGAUCGGCUAUUUUAAACUGAAGUAACUUAUUUUUUUGAUACUUAUUGAAAGGUAAUUUUUCCAACGCAAAUAGUUUAGUUAAAUGGUUUUCGUAUGUACCGUCGAUGACACUACGAGUUAAAACAACGUUGAUGAACGGAAGCACGGCUGAAAUCACUCGCAAGCUAAGAUGGAGCAACUGUUUAAUGGGCCGCUUAAAGUUCAAUUGCA